AAGCUAAGUCUUAAUUGGAGAAAGAAAAAAAUACAAAAAUUGGAGGCUACAAAAGUUGAUUUUAGUUCUAAUAACCUAUACAAGAAUGAUAUAAAAGAAGAAAAAACACAAGAAAGAAGCCAUGGUUCCAGUCUUGACUACAAUAUCUAA